CAUGGACAUCGGGGGCCUGGAGACGGCGGUGGCCAACUCGGCCUACGUGUCGGCGCGGGGCGGCCCCGGCGCGGGGGGCAAGGACAAGCGGGCGCGGGCGCGGCUCCGCCUGCCCCACAUCUCCCAGUGCGAGGCCCUGCGCGCCCAACUGGGCGGCGCCGGCGGCACCGGCACCCAGAACGGGGGGCCCGCGGCCCCCAACGGCCCCCCCGGCCACAGCCCGGACGGAGGCCAGGACACGUCGUUCCGGUGGCAGUGUGUGGAGCAGCCCAUCGGGAAGCUGCUCUUCCGACGCUUCCUGGAGGGGACGCCGGAGUUUUCGGCGGCCGGGGCGCUGUGGGCCGAGCUGGAGGCCUUCGAGCAGUGCGAGGACGCCGAGAGGGCCGAGAAGGCCAAGAAGCUGCAGGGGCGGUUCUUCACGGCCGGCGGGGCCGAGCACUGCGGCUUCCUCAGCUCCGCUGCCACGGCCGUGCCCACAGGCUCCGCCAUCCCGGGCGACGCCUUCGCGCAGGCGCGGCGGGAGCUGCUGGAGCACCUGGAGGCGGCGGCCUGGGGGCCGUACCGGGCCUCGCCCGAGUUCGGGCGCUACGUGCAGUUCAAGUGGCUCGAGGGGCAGCCCGUGGGCGCCGACGCCUUCGUGGAGUUCCGCGUGCUGGGCAAGGGCGGCUUCGGCGAGGUCUGCGCCUGCCAGCGCCGCGCCACCGGCAAGAUGUACGCCAACAAGCGCCUCAACAAGAAACGCCUCAAGAAGCGCAAGGGAUACGAGGCGGCCAUGGUGGAGAAGCGGAUCCUGGCGCGCGUCCACAGCCGCUUCAUCGUGUCCUUGGCCUGCGCCUUCCAGACCAAGACCGACCUCUGCCUCGUCAUGACCAUCAUGAACGGCGGCGACCUGCGGUUCCACAUCUACAACGUGGACGAGGAGAACCCGGGGUUCGCGGAGCCGCGCACGGUGUUCUACACGGCGCAGAUCCUGCUGGGGCUGGAGCACCUCCACCAGCACCGCAUCGUCUACCGGGACCUCAAACCCGAGAACGUCCUGCUCGACGACGCCG